CUUUUAAAGUGAGCGUUACCGCUUGUUUCACUGUAGUAACAGACGUUGAUUUGGUUGUUACAAGCCCUACUUGCGCUGGUUAAGAACGUAAAGUAGAUUUUUGUUGAACGGGAAAAUCGAUUUUAUGUCCAAACAUCGUGUUUAAAACAUGCAGGCGGAGAAAGAGGAGGAGGAGGCUUCUCCCGAGGAGUAUGUUGCCCUGUGCGAUUUCACUGCCCGCGGCUCUGAGCAGCUAGGCUUCAGCACAGGGGACAAACUGCUUGUGCACGCCAAGCCUUCAGCAGAUUGGUGGUGGGCAGAACUGCAGGGGGUAAUCGGCUAUGCCCCUGCCAGCUACCUGCGCCAGGAUGCUGCUGAGGAUGAGGAUGAGGACCCCUGGCAGGAUGACGAAUACUUCGGCAGUUAUGGGACACUGAGGCUUCACCUGGAGAUGCUGUCUGACCGCAGCCGCACAGAGACGUACCGGCAGGUUAUUGUCAGCAACAGCGCUUCACUGAGGAACAAGGUGGUGAUGGACCUCGGCUGUGGGACCGGCAUUAUCAGCCUGUUCUGUGCUCAGCUGGCACAACCCUCAGUGGUGUAUGCCGUAGAGGCGAGCUCCAUGGCGGAGCACACCAGACAGCUGGUAAAGCAGAAUGGCUGUGAGGAGGUGGUCACGGUGCUGCAGGGGCGAGCGGAGGAGCUUGAACUACCAGAGCAGGUGGACAUCCUGGUGUCUGAGUGGAUGGGAAACUGCCUGCUGUUUGAGUUCAUGGUGGAGUCAGUUCUCCUGGCCAGGGACCGCUGGCUCAGGGAUGGUGGUGUGAUGUGGCCUUCCUCAGCAGCUUUAACUCUGGUUCCAUGUCAGGCCGACAGCUACUACUCAGAGAAAAUGGCCUUCUGGGAGCGACCAUACGGCCUGGAUUUCACCCCGCUGCAGCCUCUAGCACAGCAGGAGUUCUUCACUAAGCCAAAGUUCAGCCACCUUAUUGACCCUAAAGACUGCCUCUCUGCUCCCUGCGAUGUCAUCUGCCUUAACAUGUACACAGUUCAAGUGAGAGACCUUGAGGAAAUGGAGGGGGAGUUUAAGUUUUGUGUGGUGAAGCCUGGAGUUUUCCACGGAUUUACGGCCUGGUUCACUGUUCAGUUUGAAAGCCUGGAGGCGGGAGGAGCAACAGUGGAGCUGGACACCGGACCAAACUCAGAUCCAACCCAUUGGAAGCAGACUUUGUUCAUGCUAGACAAGCCGAUCCACGUGUACGGCGGAGACUCCAUCCGUGGAAACAUUGUCCUGCGCAGAAACCCAGUGUGGAGACGCCACAUGACCGUUACGCUGCACUGGACCAUCAACAGCAGCUCAGACAACUGCCAGGUUGGGACAAAAAGCUUCCCCAUGUGGAAGUGACUGUUGCCCAUCGGCUGUGCGAAUCAACAUUAAACCCAUUCUAAUAUGUCCAUGAGCUGCUGACUAGUAAUCAGAAAUGGUUACUGCCCAGAGGGUCACCUGGUAGGACAUUUGUAAUGCUUCGUCAGAUCGCUACAGGAGCAGGUGAUCUCACAAUGAAUCAUUCUGUAAGAGCAGAACAUGGCCAGAAAGAAGAAGAGGAGUCACUGAUGGAGAAAAACAGGGUUUAUUGAAGGAGUAGUUGGAUUGAAAAUGGUGUGUAACAAGAAACUCUUUCAGGUACAACAGAAGAAGAAUGUUUUAAUGUUUAUAAUACUUAUCAAGUCUUUACAAAAGAAACCUAUUCACUUAUUCUUACCAAUAAACUGAUUUCAAAUUA